UCUGAAAAGGACAGAUUCCCCGGUAUAAGGGUCGACACCAAGACAGGGUCACACUGCAAAUUUACCACCAUUGUACAGCAGUCGGUAGCGGAUAAAAGCCUUACGGUUGGCCAGAUAACCUCGGACGCGGUGUGUCAUAGUCCUAACGAGGUGUUCCAACUGAAGUCAUUUUGGAAAAGUUACUCCAUUCUUGUUGCGAUAAUGCAGCAAGUUCUUGGACACUGGCAGGAUGUUGUUGACAUUGCCUGUCCAAGCAUAUCCCAGACAUGCUCAGUGGGGGAAUUCAAAGUCCGGACUGAGUACGGACCAUGUACUCUGAAAUUAACAUUUUUUUUUUUUGUUUUUUGCAGAUGUAUACUCUACUUAUAUCAUGGUUACAACAGCAAAAUCCAUCAUAAAGGCAUCAAACAGCUAGGCCAUUAUAUAAAUAUAACAUACUUAAAUCAUGGAUAUCAAAGCAAACAGAAAAUCAGUAAAAAGGACUACCAUUAUAUAGAAAUGAUCAUCAACGAGAUGUAUGCGAGUCUGCUAAGUAUGUUUGAUGCCUUUAUUGAAUCCGCUCCCCAACUGCUUCUACAGAUCUACCUCAUUCUCAAAGAACAAGAGAAUUUCAAAGACUGCGAACAUAUAUCGAUUUAUAGUUACAUAAUUCGACUGUUUGCAGUUCUCACCUCUUGGAUAUCUGUCACGUGGUCUGUGACUGCUUUUUAUCGAGCUCAUCGUGUGACCAAUGAUAUGCACAAAACCAGGCAAAAAACAGUCUUUGCUGCAAUGGGAUAUUUCCUCUGGAGAGCGUUUGAAAUAGGAUCACGAGUAAUGGCAUUAGUAAUGAUUUUUCUCAUGAACGGUAUCAUAUUUGCAAUGGCAGUAGUCAUUCAUUGGAUUGUUAUGGUCAUUUUCUCAUUUGCGACAAAAACGAGACCAUACGAGAAAAACCACCAAAACGUUAUCUUUAUUCUAUUCGUUGGAUUCGUUCAGAUUUUUUCUUUCAUGAAUGCCAGUCGCUUUAAAUUUCCAUAUCAUACUGUGGACGACAAUCAUGCUGAGGAAGUCAAUCCCCUUGAAUCUUCAGAUCAUGCUGAGGAAGUCAAUCCCCAUGACAAAUGCUAUCCCACUGAACCUCGACAUCAUGCCCUUUUAUAUUAUUUGUUUGUUUACACUGAAAAUAUUGUCAUACUCAUUGUAUGGAUUUUGGUUAAAAAUAAUUCCUUUUGUCCGUGGAUUUAUCACGGGUCAAUUGGCAUUGUUUCUAGUGGACUUAUUUGUAAUAUAGUUUUUAUGAUAUCAUAUUAUAAGCUAUGUCACCCAACAAUAUCCAUUUUUAGGUGACCUGAGUAAAACUCAGGUGCCCUAUUGCUAUCUCUUUCCGUCCGUCGUCGUUAGUCGAACGUCGUUCGUACACUUUUGAACAUUUUUAGCUUCUUCUCUGGAACCACGGAACCAAUUUCAACCAAAUUUGGUACAAAGCAUCUAUGGAUGAAGGAGAACAAAAAUUGUGAAUUUCGUGGUCCCUUAUCCCUUGGGGCCUGAGGGGUGGGACCAAAACCACUAAAUUCAUGCAAUCUUUAAAAAUCUUCUUCUUUACUCCUGGACAUCAAGCAGUCAAAUUGUUUGCCUGAUUGUAAUCAGCUUUGAGUCGUCUAUAAAAAUUGCGAAAUUCAUGACCCUGGGGACGAGGCUCUAGUGCUAGGGCGGGGCUAAAUAGAUUAUAUAGUGAAAAUACAUUAUUUCUUUGAAAAAUCUUCUUCUCUGCUCCUCGGCAUAAAAUAAACUAAGUAAGUACAUAGUUAUGAUGAACAAGAGUGCCUCUUCCAUAAUUGUGAAUUUUAUGGUCCCUGGGUCAGGGGUUCUGGCCUGGGGGCCAUAAAACUUAGACGAGCUCACUUUUGAUCUCAGUCUCACUUUUUCCAAAGGAAUAUAUAGUGGAAAAGUGAGACUGAGAUCAAAAGUGAGCUCGUCUAGUUUUUAUGGCCCCCAGUCCAGGUGCUAGGGCUAUAUCAAUUGUAUAGUGAAAAUGCAUUAUUUCUUUGAAAAUCUUCUUCUCUGCUCCUGGGUAUAAAGUAAAAUAGCUAAGUACAUACAUGUAGUUAUGAUGAGCAAGAGUGCCUUUUCCAAAAUUGUGAAUUUUAUGGCACCAGGGUCAGUGUUUCAGAUGUUAGGAUGGGGCUCUAUUGAUCAUAUAGUGAAAAUGCACUAAUUCUUUGAAAAUCUUCUUCUCUGCUCUAGGGUAUUAAGUUAACUAGCUAAUUACAUAGUUAUGGUGAGCAAGAGUGCCUCUUCCAAAAUUGUGAAUUUUAUGGGUCAGGGGUUCUGGUGUUAGGGUGGAGCUCUAUUGAUUAUGUGGUGAAAAUGCAUUAAUUCUUUAAAAUUCUUCUCCUCUGCUCCUGGGUAUUAAAUAAAUAACUAAGUACAUAGCUAUGAUGAGCAAGAGUGCCUCUUCCAAAAUUGUGAAAUUUAUGGCCCCGGGUCAGUGUUUCAGAUGUUGGGGGGCUCUAAUGAUUAUAUAGUGAAAAUACAUUAAUUCUUUCAAAAUAUCCUUCUCAGCUCCUGGGUUUAAAAUAAACUAACUUAGUACAGUGUAUAUAGUUAUAUUGCCUCAACCAAAUUUGUGAUUUUCAUGGCCCCUGUGUCAGGGGAUUUGCCAUUUGGUUUACAGAGGAUGGGCUCUAUUAAUUAUAUAGUAAAAUACAUUAAUUCUCUGAAAAUUGUUUCCUUGGUAUACCUGGGUAUUAUGCGAAUGAUCCAAGUAUAUAUAGUUACAUGUAUGAUUAGCAAGUCAGUGCCACUUCCAAACUGAUUAAUUUUAAGCCCCCUCGGUCAGGGGUAUCAGGGGAGGGGAACAUAGUCUGAAAAUAAAUUUAUGCUUGAAAUCUGCUCUUUGGUAUUUAUCUACCAUUUAUGAUGAAAUAAAAUUUAUGAUAAAAUUUCCAAAAUUUUGAAAUAUGUGGGCCCAUGGUCAGUGGUAUCUUUGGGGUGGGUUGCACAACUGGUUUUAAAGUGGAAGUGCAUUUUCUAUUUGUUAUUCUGAUCUACCUCUGGGUAUUAAGUAAAUAGAGUAAGCAUGCUUAGUUUAUAAUUAUGAUAAGCAAUGAUGCCUUUUUUUAAAAUUUUGAAUUUCAUGGCCUCUGGUUUAAAACAUGAACCAAAUUCAAUUUUUGGAAAGUUGUUACAUGAUACUCAGGUGACCUAUAAGGCCCGUGGGCCUCUUGUUGUUGAAUAAAUGUUAUAGAAGGUACGGUAUUUUUUCCUUUGCUUCAUUUACCCAGAGAGAUCUGUCGUGCUUUUAUAAAUCGCUUGAAUUUACUCAGGUGUCGCUUUCCAAGAUAUAAGUUUAAGGUAUUGAAGUGAAAAUUCUUAUUCAUAACUUGUUUAUUUGAUGCCAUUAACCUUUUUAAGAUAUUCUAUAUAUGUUAGUUAAAGCAAAUGAAUGCAUUAGUAGAGAGAUUAAAGACUUUAAAAUUAAUACCAUUAGACUUAUGAAAAAGUUAGCUAAAUUAUCGAAGAUAUAUCUAUAUAGGUCUAAAUAUUAUGAUACCUUAAAUAACUCAAACUAAAUAAAAAGUUUAUAAAACACGUGUCUUUGUAUUCAAACAACUUGUUGCGGAGUACAUACCUCCGAAAAUUAGACAGUCAAAAUUUAACAAAGACAAGUAUGGCCAAAAACAUAACAAAUUUAGCUUUAGAUUUAUGAAAAUAAAAAAAAAAUAUUAUUUGCCAAGAAAUUACUUUCAAGAUUUUCCCUGUAAAAAUUAUUUUAAAACUUAUGUUGAAGCUGCCCACUGCAUUCAGAAGAAAAAAAUCAAAAAAAUUUUUGAUGUUGAUUAAAAUUUUCAACUUACCUGUUUACCUGUAAUUUUUUUGUAAGAUAUAUUUAAUAUUCAAGCUAAGGUUAACUGAAACACUUAUUUUUGGGAGUUGAACUAUGUUCAAUCUCCCAUGGCCAUCACGCAUUUAACAUGCACAGUAAUUUGUGAUGAUUAUAUAGAGCCGAAAGCGAGGUUACUGUGUCGACCAAUUUACUCCGAUGAUAUUCAACAGAAAACAUGCAUAAACA